GCAGAUUCGCGUACAGGAGACGCAGGAAAAGAGCGAGGAUUGGAUAUGUGAAAAAACAUUUGCCUGUUUACUGUUUUUAAUAAUGGAGAACUCAACUAAAGAGGAGUACAAGAUCCAGUCGUUUGAUUUGGAGACACAGAAACUCCUAAAAACUGCCUUGAAAGACCCAGGUUCAGUUGACCUGGAGAAAGUGUCUAAUGUAAUAGUGGACCAGUCUCUGAAGGACCAGAUCUUCAGCAGGGAGGCCGGACGCAUCUGUUACACGAUUAUCCAGGCAGAGGCCAAACAGACCAACGGGAAUGUGUUUCGGCGUAACAUUCUGAACCGACUGCAGCAGGAAUUUAAAGCCAGAGAGGAGACGCGGAAGAGAUCCACUCAGGAGUGGGUUUGCCUCGUGUCCUUCAUCUGCAACAUCUUUGACUACCUCAAGGUGAACAACAUACCCAUGAUGGCCCUUGUGCACCCCGUCUAUGACUGUUUGUUCAGACUGGCCCAGUCUGAUGCCCUGCAGAAUGAGGAGGAGGUGGACUGUCUGGUGUUACAGUUGCACCGUAUCGGAGAUCAGCUGGAGAAGAUGAAUAUGCAGCUCAUGGAUGAGCUGUUCAAUCUGCUGAGGGAUGGAUUUCUCCUGCAGGAGGACCUGAGCUCCAUGGGCCGCCUGCUCCUGCUCGAGAUCCUUGAGUUUCGUGCGGGAGGCUGGACUCUCAGCGAAACGGCUCAGAAAUACUACUACAGCGAAGUGACGGACUGAGGCCUCCACCAAUCAGGAGAGAGAAACAAGAAGGCGGGAUGAAAUUGCAAUCCAUAGGAACCAAGUGUGGAGGUUUUAUUUUUAUAUUUACCUUUGAUGAAGGCUUGGAGAUUCACUAGGUAUGAGGUUUGACAUGAAGUAGAAGAUUGGGCAAAGUUAGAUGCAGUACUGGGUUUUGGUUUUGUUUUGACUUUUUAAAGUCAACUUGAAUUGAUGUGAAGUUCAUCUUAUUAGCUUUCAUAAUACACAUUCCUGGUUUUAUAGAUUUAUUCAUUCACAUUAUUCCCAAAAAAAAAAAAUCCACAAUUCAUAUUUUUUUUUAUAAAGAUUUAUAACGUUAUCAUCUCUGUAAUGCCACCCAAGGCCGCUUGGGGUUUAAUCAAUGGGUGCUGGUAGCGUUUCCCCAAUUGCAAAGUCUUGCAGUCUUUUUCCCAUCAAGAUUUAGAAAAAAGAAAUCUGCAAAUAGUACUCCAUGUUGUAAUGUUACAGGAAUAUGUUCAUGUCCCAGGACAAACUAUUAAUACGUGUGAUAAUGCAGUUCAUUCAUGGUACUGCCUACUUACAAAUCCAGUUAGUAGAAAAAAUGUUAUAGCUAAAGGGCUUGUUAGUGCUGCUUUUUUUGGCCAUAAUCACAGUAUAUUUAGCCAUUGGUCACAGAUCUUUAGACAUUUUAGUUUGAAAGUAGAAUGAGUUUGAAAGUGAAUGGAGUUCAAGUACAUGUCCAUCUGAUCAUUGAAGUCUUGCAGUAGCAGCAUUAAAAUCAUGAUUCAUUUGAUGUAGGUCUUAUAUUUGUGUCAAGGCCUGUAAUCAUAACACUAGAGAUGAUUAGAUGGUUUUAAUAUCAAUAUAUUUAAUACACUUUUAGUUGUUUGAUUUUCUUAAAUCGACUAGCAAAUUAUAUUUGCCUCUGUAGGAAG